UCAAUUAUCUAAUUAUUAUGCCCCUUUUAUACCCUCUUCAAUUCAUUUUCUUGACUGCAGAACAGUUCUUGACCCUAUAGAAUCAAAAGAGUUGUCAAAAUAUUCGACUUGCAUUGUAGGAACGCUUUGAACAGCUCUAUACCUGUAUACCUGUAUACCUGUAUUGAGCAUUGGUGGACAUUUUUACUCGGGCUACACUAGUGGAAUGUAGAUAGCCGGGCGUACUUAUUCCUGACACGAUGUAUCACCCCCGAAACUUUGAUCCGAAGACGAGAUUAUAGCCAUUGACAGCAUCAUGGGUGACAUGCCCGCCAAUACACCGCCAAUAGAGGCACCGUUUCCUUUGACAGAGGUUGACAAGUGGGUUUUGUCUCAAACUGAUGACGAGUUUCACUACCAUGACUGGGAAGACCUGAAAAAUAUCAUUGGUGAAAAUAACCUCUCGGUCCUCAAACGGAAGCCAAGUGAUCUACGGCGAUAUAUGGCAUGGACAGCUGAAACCAAGGCCCACUAUGGAUCCAUGACUAACUAUCUUCUAAUUCAUCGCUUGCCAAAAGCAUGGGGAUCGCCUCCUUUCACACCGGCUUCUUCUGUGCCCUUUGAUGACCCCUCGGACUACUCGGUCCUCAUCAAUGAUUGGCCGUACGGUCUGACGCCGGACAUUACUCAUAUAGUCGUAUGGUCGAGGACUAUAAUCGAUACCGAUCCAGAGACUGGCGAUAUGACCGUAGAGAGUCGUCAGGUCAUCUCAAACUUUGUCAGAGAGUUCUUCGUGGAUAAGCUCGGGCCAGAUGGGGAGACCAAGGUUUUGUGGUUCAAGAAUUGGGUUGCAUUGCAAAGUGUUCGUAGUCUUGAACAUAUCCACGUCCUGGUGAAGGAUGCGAGUGAAGAACUCCUCGAAGAAUGGACAAAGAAGUUCGAUAAUCAUGGGGUAGACAACUGAACGAUGGCCCGUUCGAGAUACGUCUGGAUAUGGCUUUGACCAUG